AGCAGCUCCCGCGAUGCGAGUUUGGGCUGAGUGCUUACCGUAGUUACCGGGACGCGCAUGCGCCGGCGGGAGCCGUGCUUCUGAAAGUGAAGGCGUAAGGACGGCCUUGAGUCCGUAGGGGUCAGGGAAGGCACUUCCUCCUGCUUGGUGUCGGGCGAGAAAGCUUCAAUAUGUCUUCUAAUUUGUUGCCCAAACCACGAAUGAGAGAUCUCCUGGGAAGACUUGCAAGAAGGAAUUUUCUGAUAGGAGUUACUUUAAUAACAGGAAGCUUUUUUUCCCUGGAGUAUUUUUUCAUUCAAGCAAAGCAAAAUCAAUACAGAGAUUUCUACAAAACAUUUGACUUCAAGAAAGACUUUGAGGACAAGAAAAAAGCAGGAGUGUUUCAAAGUGUGCAGCCCUAAUGACAUCUAAUAAUCAUAAAACUUCCUUUUGGAGACAAAAUAAUCGAAUAUUGUGAUCAAUAACGAUCACCUUCAGUGCUGGUCCUGCUACAUUGUGCUAAUUAAAUGAAAACUGUCUCAAGA